AUGCCUUUCUCGGUAGCAGGCAUUAGCAGUUAUAUAGUUCUGGUUUUUGGCAUGCAGUAUGCAUCUACAUUACAAGCGAAUCCUGGCACAGCAGAAACAAAGAGUCCCUCUCUUAAACGACUUGCUUCUCAGAGCGGAGACAGGGUCCCUUCAGCCUUCAGCCUUCAGAUUAUCCAGCUACCAGUAAUGGCCUCUUUGUCAGUAUUCUGCAGAAGAGUUAAAAAGAAGAAUGAUUUUAAAGAAGGUAUUGUGCUCACGAAAGAUGCUUCAAAAGAAGCGCCGCACAGUAGAUGUAAACUAUGGCAUAAUCCAAGACCGCCACCGAACGUGCCUGUGGCACCGCCUCCGAAAGACCCAUUGGAUGAUACUCUCAAAGGAGUGAAAUCGUUAGUCGUCGAGCGUAGUGCGAAAGGUGGUCGACCUCGAUGA